CAGAUGCGGAAGAUUCUCGGCAUGAACUCGGUCAUCGAAUAAGCGUCACGUCUCGAGUCGACAAUUUGAGUUCAAACAACUCGAAUCCGAAGGGUCUGCAGAAGCGUUGAGACAGAUCGAUAGACGCAACUUGAGGUUGCAGAUUGCACUUUGAAGAUGCGCACGAGGAUGAGGAGCAAUGGGGUGGCUCAGCAUGGUGGGCAAUCGAGCAUCUGCACGGCAUGAACUCAGGGUGCCGUCGGGAACUCGAAGGCCCCCUUGGAUUCUUGCCCUGUGCGUCCUGGAUAGGCAUGGGAGUCGGUUGUAGUCUUUUGGAGCAAGACCUAAUAGCUUUGUAAGCGAAUUGAAGUGCGUUCAGGGCUCGUUGCCGUGCCAUGAGAAUUGACGAACUGCCAUGGAAGUUGUCGGAGGUGAUCUCUUGCCAUGGUGCUGAAGGCUUUGUCGUGAAUUGGUGUAUGACCGUGAAUGAGCACCAAAUAGCUCGUCUCACUGACUCACCUGGCGUCGGUGACAUCCCGUGAUCGGUCGAGGUUACAAGCCCCAGGGCCCGUGUCACAAGUGGGCAGGGAUGACGGAGGGGAAUAUAUUGGAGAGUUUGGGUUCAGAAAUCGUGGGCAUUGUUACCCCUGUCUCCAUUUGUAUGCUGCUGGUGGUACUUCUGGUGCAAAGUCUGGCACCCCAUGGCUCGGAUGCUCCAGUUAACAGUAUUGCCAUGUUGGUCUACGACGAACAGCCAACCGAUUCUUUCUCUGAGAAACUUGGAGGUGCAGUGCUGAAUGCCCUGGUUUUUGUCAUUAUCGUGGCGAUUGUAACCUUUUUACUGGUUCUGCUGUUUUACUUCCGUUGCACGAAGUGCUUGAGGGCAUACAUGGGUUUUUCAGCCUUCAUGGUUUUGGCAUAUAUGGGAGGAGGAGUGGCGGUACUUUUGAUUCAAAGUUUUUCGAUACCGAUCGAUGCUGUGACUUUUGCCGUGUUGCUGUAUAAUUUUGCAACGGUGGGAGUUUUGGCCGUUUUUUUUUCCAAAAUGCCAAUUUUUGUUACACAAGGAUACCUUGUGAUGAUAGGGGUGCUGGUUGCAUACUGGUUCACUAUGCUCCCAGAAUGGACCACUUGGGUGCUACUCAUGGCCAUGGCACUUUACGACGUUGUUGCUGUUUUGCUUCCUGGGGGACCUUUGAAUAUGCUGGUAGAGCUUGCAAUUGCACGAGACGAAGAUAUACCUGCUCUUAUUUACGAGGCACGACCUACAACACGUUACAUAGCUUCGCUGCCGACUUCGCCCUCCGCAGUUUCACGUAACUCCAGUGCCUCAGGCCCUGCUGCAGUAGCUACUCGGCCUCCGCCGAGGUGGAGACGACGAGUCACCACAACUCCUGUCUCUGGAAAUGUUGCGAAUCUCGUUACAGGCCAGCCAGCAGCCAUCGACAUGCCUGAGCCAGCCCGGAACAACGAUAAUGUUAGGCCCAUUGGAAUCUCGGCACUCCGGAUUGAAUCACAGGUUCCAGAGCAGUCAGGCCAGCAACAACAAGGUGUUGGUGGGUUGCUUUUAAACAAUACGAACGAUCACCAAGAGAAUGGACCUGCUGUUGUAGAGAGGUGGACGACGAGGAGAAGCUCUUCUUCUGAUGAAGAGGACACAGUGCCACUGGUAAGCUCACAGGCUCAGGCAUUGAUUCCACCACAUUCAACUGUCAUUAUGGAUGGUGUAGAGAGCAGCUUUCCCUCUGCUGCAAGGAGUGAAGCUGUAAACAUUGAGGCACUCCUAGAAGAUGUUGUUGGAAAUGGAGAAAGUGGCGUUUUGUCUGGUGCCAUCAAGUUAGGACUGGGAGACUUCAUAUUUUACAGCGUCCUGGUUGGCAGGGCAGCCAUGUAUGAUAUGAUGACAGUUUAUGCUUGCUAUCUGGCCAUUGUUGCUGGGCUUGGGUCCACGCUCAUUCUCCUGACAGUGUGGAGGCGUGCUCUUCCAGCUCUUCCUAUCUCUAUCACACUUGGCGUAAUUUUUUACCUCCUGACAAGGUUCAUCGUGGAUCCAUUUAUGGUAAACCUAUCUACGCAUUAUGUAUACUUUUAGGGUCAUGUACAUAGAUCUUCGUGACCAUUUUGCCCCCUCGAGAUCUCUGGGCUCACAUAUGAUUCACGAUGUCCAAGAAGCUACUCGUUGUUAACUGGCAGUAGCCUCUAUUUGAUGUCUUUCUCGCUGGGGCUCAAGUAGAAAUUUACUUCCCAUUUGGGAACGGUUGAAGGGAGUUGUGUCUGAUCAAAGUGCAAGUACCUUGCAGAAUAAACGAAAACCUCAGUCGUACUGAUAGAGAGAAAGACGGCUCUGACACAAUUUCCGGGAAAAGUCCGAAGCCUAUGAGCAGGACUGAUCGUGAGAGUAUGACUAACGGAUGUCAAAACACAUGAAGCUGGGAUUUAUGAUGACUACUGAGGUUCCGCCAAAACCUUCUGGCGCUAUGAAUGUCGUCACUUGCGAUUUGUAUCGAAAGAUUGCACUCUACAGAUAGCUGUGAACGCUGUAUGAAGAGAGUUUGUC